AAGACAAAAAUCUUUGGACAAAAAGGACUGAAUGGCUUGCUGUGAUCAGUCCUUCGGUAACAGAAAUGAUCCUAUGAAUGAAAAGGCAUUUGGACAUCCACAAGAUUGCUUGGACCCGUUUGGAGUUGCCAUACGGGAUCGGGAGAGAAUGGAGACACAACUUUCAGCAAGUGAGGGAACUGGAAAAGGCCCUCCUGCUAUUCAGUCUGGGAACUGUGGGGAAAACUGGGAAACCACUGGGCAGGAGAUCCUGGAGGAGGAAACCAUCAUCCAUUCAGAAGUUCAGCCCUGGAACUUCAGGAGCGUCCAGGAGGCUGUGGGUCCCGGAGGACUUUGCAGUCAACUCCAUGACUUUUCUAGGCAAUGGCUGAAAAGGGAAAAUCACACCAAAGCGCAGAUGCUGGACUUGGUUGUUUUGGAGCAGUUCUUAGCCCUUCUGCCCCCAGAAAUGGAGAGCUGGGUGCGGGAGUGUGGAGCAGAGACCUGCUCCCAGGCAGUGGCCCUGGUGGAAGGCCUCCUGAGCCAGGUGGAGGAGCAGAAGGAGCAGGUCGAGUUGCAGGUCUUGUCGGAGUCGGCGGAGUUCUAAGUUUUCUAAUCCCAGGAUUUUAAGUCUGGUGGAAU